AAUCAGCGCAGUGAAGUUUCGUUUCUUGUGAAAUCGUCAGUCUCUCUGUCUCACUGCAGCAGAAAUGGCAGAAGCAAAUAUUCUGGUAGGAGAGGACCAGUUUAGCUGUUCAGUGUGUCUGGAGUUAUUGAAGGAUCCAGUCACUACAGCAUGUGGACACAGUUACUGUAUGGGGUGUAUUAAGAACUGCUGGGAUCAGACUGAUCAUACAGGUGUCUACAGCUGCCCCCAGUGCAGAAAGACCUUUACCCCAAGGCCUGAUUUGUGCAGAAAUACCGUGCUGGCUGAAGUUGUGGAGGAAUUAAAGAAGACAGGACUCAAUCCUCCUCCUGCUCAAAGUUAUGCUGGACCUGGAGAUGUGCCGUGUGAUUUCUGCACUGGGAGAAAGUUCAAAGCUGUGAAAUCCUGUUUGACGUGCCUGGCCUCUUACUGUGAAACACACGUCAAGCCACACAGUGAGGUUACUCCAUUAAAGAGGCACAAGCUGGUCAAUGCAAUUGGAAAUCUGGAGCAAAAGCUUUGUGCUGAACACCAAAAGGUUUUUGAGGUCUUCUGUAGAACCGAUCAGACGUGUAUUUGCUUCUUGUGUUCACAAAUUGAACACAGGAGCCAUGAUACAGUCUCAGCUGAGACAGAAAGGACUGGGAAACAGAAGCAGCUGGGAGAGACACAGACAGAAAUACAACAGAGAAUCCAGGAGAGACUGAAAGACUUAGAGGAGCUGAAACAGACCGUGGAGUCACUGAAAAGAUCUGCAUGCAUAGAAAUAAAGGAAAGUGAGAAGAUCUUUACUGAGCUGAUCCGAUCCAUUAAGAAGAUCCACACUGAGGUUACUGAGCUGAUUGGAGCUAACGUGAAGGCUGCAGUGAAUCAGACUGAAGGACUCAUGAAAAAACUGGAGCAGGAGAUUGCUGAGCUAAAGAGGAGAAACGCUGAGCUGAAACCACUUUCAGAGACAGAGGAUCACAUCCAUUUUCUACAGAAUUUCCAGUCUCUCUGUGCCCCUCCUGAAGCUGGAGACUUACCCAGCGUUACUGUCAAUACCGACAUCUCUUUUGGGGCUGUGAGGAAAGCUAUAUCUGAACUUAAAGACCAUAUUGAGGACUUCUGCAAGGGGGAAUUAGUCAAAAUAACCACAACAGUGAAUGAAACAGCAGUUUAUACCCUGGGGUCUAGGAGCAGUGACAGAUGUUUAAAAGUGAAUGAAGUUGCAGUUUACAGUCUGCAGGCUCCAGAGCCAAGAAACAGAGCUGAGUUUUUAAAAUAUUCCUGUCAGCUCACACUGGACCCCAACACAGCGCAUAGAAACCUCUGUCUGUCUGAAGGGAACAGAAAGGUGACACGGAGGGGAGAGACCCAGCGAUGUCGUGAUAACCCGGAGAGAUUUGACAGCCGGUCCCAAGUGCUUUGCAGAGAGGGUUUGUCUGGGAUUCGCUGUUACUGGGAGAUUGAGUGCAGUGGGAGAGGGGCUGAUAUAGGAGUCACAUAUAAAGGAAUCAGCAGGAAAGGAGUUGAUCAUUCCAGUCUCCUUGGAUGCAAUGACAAGUCCUGGAGUUUGUCCUGCUCUGAUUCCAGUUACACUGCUUGGCACAAUAACAAUCAAAUUGCAAUACCUGCCUCCCGCUCCCCCAGAAUAGGAGUGUAUCUGGACUUUAAUGCCGGGACUCUGUCAUUUUAUGGCGUUUCUGACACAAUGACCCUCCUGCACAGAUUCCAAACCACAUUCACUGAGCCGCUCUAUCCUGGGUUUUUUGUUUAUUCUAAAUCCACUGUAACAAUCUGCCAGCUGAACUAGACUGUUUUGUGUUGUAAGAAACCCUUUGUAUUGAACUCCCUGUCUGUCCUCUCCACUCCUCGGUUGAAGGGAAUGUUCAAUCUGACACAACUGCGGAGCGAAACUAGGUGAAUUAUUUGUUUUUAGCAACAAAUGGGUUUCAUAUGAAAUAUGUUGAUUGCCCAUAUAUGAGGCAAAGUAAUACUGUUGAUUAGAAAGAAGUACAUAUCAGCCUAAUAACAAGGAAUAAUACAUUCCCUUGGCAGCCCGCAGUUUAGCGAAUCCAGCUUAUUAAUAUUCCAGUGUGCACGAGCAAGCGCCUUGUCAUUUUUCAUGACUGGCUGUGACCCUGUAUAUAUAUAUAUAUAUAUAUAUAUAUAUAUAUAUAUAUAUAUAUAUACAGCUGUAGUCAAAAGUUUACAUACUUUAGUUUACAAAAUGUUUGCUUCAAAAUAUUUUUCCUAUAAUUAUUUGUUUGAGAAAUUUCUAGAAAUUAUAAAUUUCCAUUGGGAUAUGUAAACUUUUGAAUACAACUGUGUAUAUAUACAAUAGUUUUAAAGUAUUAACGAUAUUUUAAAGCAAAUCAAAAUACUAAGGUCUAUGAUACACAGCAUUUAGUGUUUACAUCACUGUUGCUAAACAUUGUAACAAUAACACGCAUCAAUAUCUGUGGAUAUGACAUGCAUUGCAUUAUGGGUAGCAUAUUACUCUGGGCUACAAACGGAGCUCUUUCUAAAAGGCACAGUCUGGUAACAAGGCGUUAUUGAAAUGAGAAUGUGAUCUCAAGGGUUUCACUUGAGUAAAGAAAAUGAACGACUGAUUGAUUCAUAUUUCAGCUGAAAAUUAGUAAUUACCAGAGAUCCUAAUUUAAAAAAAAAACAAAAAACGAAAUUCUCAGACAAUAAAAAAAAAAAAAACAUGUUAUUCCGCAAUUAAAAUAAAGUCUAAAAUUGAGUCGUCGUUCACAAACAGUGCUGCUGAAUAACAGUUAACACUGGCAGUGUUUAUUGAAACACUUUAUUAUUACAAAUGUGAUUAAAUAUAGUCAUGUUUUGGCCAUAACUGUAUUUCAUUCCUUUUUUAAGAAUUGUUAUGUUUUAUAUAUAUUUUUAAAAUGGCAUCCAAUAGUCAGUGCUGUAACAGUUUUUCAAAAAAGUGAACUUAAGUUUGCUUUAUUGUGUGUGUUUUUUUCUUCUUCUUUGAUUUCCAUAAAAUAUGGCAAACAUGUUUGUUCUUUUUUCAGAUUAUAGUAAUGUGAUUUAAUAAAAAAUUUAAUUUGA